AUGGCGACGAAGUUUGGCACAUCUACGAGCAGCCUGGUGCUUCGGUAUUGGCCUAGAUGCAACACCCCUCCUGUUGCUGCACGCUACGUGAAUUCCCAUACCCAUCCGAUCCGGCCCAAAAUUGUCGAUCUCUGCGCACAUCGUGAAAGAAACACAUUAUGGUGGCGAGUCUCGGUGUCAUCACUCCAGCAAAGCAAGCGGGUGGUUCGCUCCUGGUGCGCACGCCGAGUGCGAAUUGCUAUCGAGCAGGCUCUGAGGCGGCAAGGAUUGGAUAAGAUGGGGAAACCGCUCGUUUCUGAGUCUCCUUUGCGGAAGAGAAAUUUGUCGGGAACCAUGGACAUCUACGUUCAGCCGCCGUGUGUGGCUCAGAACUUCGAGACGGUCCAAAAGGAUGCAGAUCAUCUAAUCUCCUUGCUUCUGGAACAUAAGUCACCACGGAAAUGA